AUCAGGACCUUUCCAUGAGACACCCCGACAUAUGUGCUGGGAGCGCACAGGGCAUGAUAAACCUUUCCGUGAAGCUCUCUACACACUGUUGUUGUACUAAUCUGAAGGCCACAAGUAGUUUGGAGCUUUGUAGCUAUUGCGCUGACCCCGCUCUGUCAUUUUAUGUGGCCUACCACUUUGUGGCUGAGUUGCUGUUGUUCCCAGUUGCUUCCACUUUGUUAUAAUACCACUAACAGUUGACUGAGCUGUGAUGGAGCAAGAGAGCUAGACUCUCCUGACAUUAUGGUGCUAAGUAAUUCCUGUAAUUUGUAGGUAGGAAAUGUCACCCAACGAAU